CGCCGCCCCACAGUCGCGAUAUCUACCAACAAGAGAUUCGCUCGUCCCCCAAUCAGCGCUCCAGUCGUGGUGGUGAUUUUGCGGAUCCAUCAUCAUUACAGUGUAGGCCAAAACGGUCCAGAAUAUUAUAUUUUACACUUUGGUGGAAUCCACACCUUAUCCCCAGAAUCUUUGGUACCCGCAUCGUAACAACGAGACCAUGAUGUCGUUGACGACUCAUCUUACGACGAGCUGUUCCUCCUUUACCUUUGAGAACGAUGCGGACGCCUUGUUCGCGAACACUACCGGAACACUGUUCACCGUGGGGAUCGCGUGGUGCGCAAUUGCGGCAACGUACGUCACAAUCAUUGUAAGGAUCUUACGGAGUGAUCGUCUUUCGUCCUGGAGGGAACUGUGGAAGGUCCCGGCUUCGUUGCCGCUGUGUAUCGCGUCCUUUUCCCACGCCGCGUGUCCCCGACGCCGAUCGCGUUGGUUCAAGUGCACCCAACGGGGUCGAUCCUCAUUGUCCGGGAUGGCACUCUGUGAAAUGAGCUGUCCACUCCAACGUGCCGCCGCCUUUUACAAACUGCAUCUGCCCCCACCGUUGCCCUGGACGUGUCGGCGUAGAGCGAAUCGAUUGCGUCAAGAACAAGAGCAACAAGCAGCAAUAGCAAAGGUACUCCCAGAGCCGUCUCCCUCGGACCAGGAUUCCUCCGUUUCCAGUAGGGAGUCUUUGGUGUCCCACACCUCAGUAGAAUGCGCGCAAGCCGAAACCUCUACGACAACCCUUACUACAACAACAAGUACAAUAACUACAAGCUCCUCCACGUCCCACACAACUCCAUCCCCGCGUACGUCCCACCGCCCGCCUUCACGAACCCGCAUUCCCGUGAGCUCGCUUUUGGACAUGGCGCGCAUGCAACAGUGGCAGACCAUUGUGGCGGCGGCUCCCCUCCACCGCCGUGACGCGAAACAACGCGACGCUGACGGCCUCUACCCACUCCAUUGGGCCUGUUCGGGUGGACCCACCUUGUCAGUCGUACAAACCUUGCUCGAUGCCUACCCCUCCGCCGCACGCAAACGAGAUACCGAAGGAUCCACACCCUUGCACUUUGCCUCGUGUUAUUCAGCAUCCACCGCCAUCCACCAAACACUCCUUGGUGUGUACCCCCAAGCCGCCUCACUCCCGGAUCGCUACGGACGUCUCCCUCUCUACCACGCUGUCGAGCACAAUGCCGGUAAGGCCGUCUUGGAAGCUCUCGUGCACGUCGACGCCGCUAGUGUUACCCAGCCCUGUCUACCACCCCAUCCCUUACACCCGGUGCCACUCGUGAACGGCAACCGUGUGUGGGCCACACGCACACCACUCUUUGUGGCUUGGGCCAACCUGGACCGACCCGCCAAGCUUUCCUUUCGCGGCAAGCGCUGGGACAAGGCACAGUAUCUUCUACGCACGGCCUACCAACAUCACGGACACCCUGGUACCGGUACCGGGUACAAUUUCAUACGAGCCGUCAUUGCUAUGGAUUUGUACCUCCCUGAACCUAUUCUGGACAUGGCCAUCCAGGCGCGUCCGGAACUUCUCCGGGAACGGGACGAGACUGGUUCCUACGUUUUGCAUCAGGCCGCCGCGACGCUGACGCAUUCCCCGCAACGUGCCCGUGAUGUCUUGCACUCCGUGUUGGACGCUUUUCCCGCCGCCGCACGCGUCCGGGACAACUACGGCCGAUCGCCAUUGGCCAUCGCCUUGGCGUCCGGGAAAGUCUGGAAGGACAGUGCCGUGCAAGCGCUCUGGCAGGCUGCACCGGAAGCCCUCGCGUGGCGCGAUGGGAAGACCGGGUUGCCGCCAGUGCUCGUGGCCGCCACGGCAAUGGCGCCCCUCUGGACCGGAACGGAGGAGUCGUCUUUUGCUGCGCUGGGAAACGAUCCGUGUGGCUUGCUGACGGGCAAACAACAGGAAUUAUUGCGGCGUCGGUCGUUGUCGAGUGCGGAAACGAAUCGAGCGAAGCACCAGUACGGAACAGGCGAUCCCGACGUGGACGCACUCGAAACUGUCUAUUCUCUCUUGCAAGCCGACCCCAGCGUCCUCGUCACGGCGACUCGAAGAUGAAAUGGCGUUGCCGUUUUUCUCCUUUUGUCAUUUACCUUUUUUCUUUUUCUCCACACUUUUUAUACUCCAUAGUAUACACACGCGCACGGUCAUUCUUGGCAACGGACUUUUCAUAGCCCCCAAAUUGAAACAGUUGGCGCUCUGGUUAAUGGCAUUGCCAGUAGCAGUAAAAACGGACUCUACUACCGC